UUAUUUUGACACAUUUUUUUGGAUAGAGUUUCAUGACUGCUAGUCAGUCCGUUAUCAUCCCCUUGGGCCUCCGGACUUUUUGGGGUCUAGCUAAGCAUUCAGAUCUUGGAUGAAUUGCCGAUAGUUGCACUAUCCCUUAUCAAGAGAAAUUUUAACUUUUGUUGGAAACUUUGAGCCAAUUUUGGUUGUGUGAAAUGCCCCCGAAGAAAGAUGCCCCUAGCAAAAAGACCGUCGACAAGCAGAAAGCUAAAAUAGUUGAGGAUAAAACGUUUGGAUUGAAAAACAAAAAGGGAAAUAAGCAGCAAAAGUACAUCGAGCAAGUCCAGAAACAAGUCACGACGAAACCUGUUCGGAGAGUCGAUCCUCUUGACGCUACGAAGGAUAAGAAAGAAAAAGAGAAGGAGAAGGCGGAGGAACUGAAAACACUUUUUAAACCCGUUAUCGCUCAGCAAAAAGUCGCGAAAGAUGUCGAUCCGAAGUCCGUUUUAUGUGCGUUUUUCAAAGUGGGACAGUGUGGCAAGGGCGACAAAUGUAAAUUUUCCCAUAAUUUGGAAGUUGAACGCAAAACGGAAAAGCGGAAUAUCUAUUCGGAUUCGAGAGAUAACGAGAAAGAUGAAGGAAUGGAAAAUUGGGACGACGAGAAACUGCAGGAUGUUGUCAACAAAAAGCACGGCGAGGAAGAGGCACUGAAGCCCAAAACUGACAUAGUAUGCAAGUUUUUUCUGCAAGCGAUCGAGGAGAGCAAAUAUGGCUGGUUCUGGGAAUGUCCAAAUGGUGGAGAUAAAUGUAUUUACAAACAUGCUCUUCCUCCCGGAUUUGUACUGAAAAAAGAUAAGAAGAAAAUGGACGAACAGCUGGAAACGAUAUCUUUGGAGGACCUUAUUGAGAAAGAGCGAGCUGCGUUAGGAGGAAAUCUGACGAAAGUUACGCUAGAAUCUUUUAAAGCAUGGAAAACCAAGAAGCGAAAGGAACGUAUUGAGAAAAUGGAAGCCGACAAAAAGCGAAAGGAAAACGAAUUCCAAGCGGGGCGGCUCAACGGGCUCUCUGGACGUGACAUGUUUACUUUUCGACCGGAAUUGGCUGGUGAAGAUGACGAUGAAGCGGAUGAUACUGUUUACAAACACGAAGAUGACGAAGACGAGGAGAAUUAUAUGGCCAAAGAUAUCGAUGAGUCAUUGUUUGUCGAAGAAGAAGUGGAUGGAACUGGGACUAUUUCUGCUACGACUAUCAGGAGCGGCGUUACUAGUCACCUUCCCGACCUUGAAGCGGCGUCCACGCCGUCCACUUCGAAAGACACUAUUGGCACGGAUGUUGUGAUAGUGGACGAUGUUCCUGUUGAUACCGAAUUGUUUGACGAAGAAGAUGAUGAAGUUUCGGAUGAGGAGGUUUCCGAUGAUGGCGAGGAUGAAGAGGGAUCAGAAACUCAGGAAAAUAAUGAAAAAGAGAAUUCGAGAUAACUGUGUGUAACGUCACGGAAAUUGUCUGAAAGAGCGAAAUUACGUACCGUCUACCGAAAGUCUUUACUUGCGAAUUACUUAUCCGUUACUGAUUGUUUAAGCGUGGCUGUCUAACAGUUACGUGACUUACGUCGGUCCUUUAUGUUUUAUGCAAACAGUGUCGUUCAAAUUUGAAAUUUGAAGAUUCAUUAUGUGGAAGAUAUUUCAAGAACAUUUGAAUGGGGA